CCCACGACUUACUAGUAAGCUCGUGUGUUGCCCUGAAAGCCAGAACGAUUCCGCGAAGUUCAUCGAAACGAUGCAACACAUGCGGAGCGCAGUCAGAUUUUACAUAGCCGUUUUACGAUACUGUUGGUGGGAACAAUUCUGGUCAUGUGCGGCGACACUCUUCUACUAUUCAACAUUGAUGAUCCGAAUCCCUCUGUUUGGGGGCCUGAUGGGUGGGCACAGUACGUGCUCUUUCAACCAGGCCUUGCUGCUCCUGUCUGCAUCUUGUAUUUCCGAGUGUCUCAUCUGUAGCAUGCAAUCUUACUUUUUGAUUAGAACCCAGGUGAAGGCGCAACUCUUACUUCAAACAGCAGUGUUCAAAAAGGUGACCUGCCUAUCUGCAGCGGCGAUUGCUGAUUACCCUUGUGGCAACGUCUGCUCACUUCUGGCGGCUGAUGCCUGGAUUAUAUCCAUGUCUACGACCUACCUAGCAGGCGCCUUUAUGGGCAUGGUGUGCGUAACAAUCACACUGGGUAUGCUAGCUCAAGAAAUGGGAUACGCGCCGGCAUGUGCCUGUCUUGCAUGGUGGGCUCUCGUUGCAAUGGCAGCAUUCUCUGUUCGUCCUCUACUUGACAGGUGCUACGCAACGUUUUACAAUCAUCGUGAUGCAAGAUUCAGGAAAUUGAGCGACUUCCUGUCCUCCGUGCGAUUGAUCAAGAUGUCCGCACUGGAAAACGUGUUUCAGUCCAAACUUCUUCAAUUGAGAUCCAAAGAAGUCAACAAAGCAUUCUACAUCAACGUUUUGGAGAGCCUCAUUGACACCAUCUUCAGUAUAUCCAGCUCUGUGAUGGUAUUGCUUGUGUUCGUGGCAGUUACGUUACGACACGAUGACAGGGCUAUCGACGCCGCCACAAUGUUUUCGUGCGUGUACCUUCUCACGCUAACGGACACCUUCACCGGUACGACACCGCAUGUUGUAAGACUGAAGAGCCCGGCAUUUCGCAGCUGUCGUAGGCUAAUGUCUUAUUUAGCUGAAGAAGAGCACACUGCUAACAGCGCCGAGUCCCAGGACUGCACACAUGCUUCAAAUGGUGAAGUCAUCAUGAAAAAUUGUUCCUUUGCUUGGGCUAAAAGAUCUUGCGACGUGCAAGCGCCCACUCUGCAAGGCAUCAACCUACACAUAAGGAGUGGUUCUCUUGUCGGCGUCGUUGGUGCUGUAGGCAGUGGAAAGACUUCUCUUCUGUCAGCCAUUGCCGGGGAUAUGAGCUGCUUGGGAGGCAUCCGAGCUACAAAGGGAUCCAUAGCAAUCGUGCCGCAGACGCCUCAAGUACUAAACAUUUCCAUAAGAGACAACAUUACCUUUGGAAGAAAGUAUGACUAUAUGCUUUACAGAAAAGUAUUACGGGCGUGUCAGUUGCUUCCGGAUUUACAGAGAUUACCGGCCGGCGAUCUUACCAAAGCAGGAGACAAGGGUGAAAUGCUGAGCGGUGGGCAGAAGCAACGCGUGUGCAUCGCACGUGCAUUGUACAGCAGGAGUGACAUCAAUCUUUUGGAUGACCUCACGAGUUCCCAAGAUCCACAAGUAAAGCAAAAGAUUCUUGAGGAGAUCUUUGGACAAGAUGGACUUCUUUCUGGCAAGACGUGCGUCUUUGUGACACAAAUUGCGCGACUUCCAUUUUCUGUGCAUCAAUGGCUGCUGAUGAACAACAGGAGUGCCGUGCUCAUCAGCGAUGUCGAGAAUGUGACGGGGCAGAAUGCCGUUCCGUUAGAUUACUUGGAAGACACAACCCGUCCCGCUCUGCAGUGGAAAAAAGAAGAUUCAAGGUCAUGCCAGCCCACGACUACACGAAAUGCAGGGAUAUUUGCGAAAGAAGAAGCGUCAUCUCAUAGAGGCUUUCUGGAUGUCUGCGUGGCGUACUUCAAGUACUCUGGGAUAUGCGCAGUGUUCGCCUUGAUUUGCUUCGCGGCGAGUGGAGUGUUGGUCGCCUGCCAACUCUUCUGCAUCAAGGAAUGGGUAACGCUUAAUAUAAGCAAAAACGUCGACAACCGCAUCUCUAGCCGAAUUAUUCUCCACAGGCUCGCAGCGUUCUGCCUUGGAGAUGUACUGUGCAAGCUUGCCGCCGGUAUGCUGUUUGCACGAGCAACAUGGCAACGGUCCACACGUCUUCACAUUGACAUGCUGGAAAGGGUAGUAAGGAGUCCUCUUUCUUUUUUUGACGCGACACCUCGUGGGAGAACUCUGAACCGUUUCACAGUGGACCUGGAAACUAACGAUAUCCGCACCUUCGUGGCUUACAAGCAGCUAUUCCAAAAUCUCUUCUGCAUCCUGGGAAGACAGGGCGUUAUUGGAUUCCAGGCACCCGUCGUCUUUGGCCUUGCUUGUGUGACUGAGAUUUUCCUGCUGUUUGCGAUGUAUUACUGCUUACACGCCGCAGUUGUGGGACGUUUUUACGAGAGCACGAGGUUGUCCCGAGUCCUGCAGCACCUGACCGAAACGCUGGAAAGCUUGGGAUCAAUACGCGUUUUUGGUGUGGUCGAAAACUUCUGCGCCGUCUUUAGGCGUCUUAUGAACGAAUACCUACGAGGAUUUCAUUUGUUCAUCCUUUGCUACGCAUUCACCCGCCUCGUGGUUACGCUCUGCGCCCAGAUGGUCGUAAUUGCCACCGCAGUCAUUGUUGUUGUCCCAGCACAGGGUGACGCUACAUCCGCAGCCACCGUGGGUCUCUCUCUGCUGUCGUCAUUGACGGUACCUUUCGCUAUGACAGGAGUUUUUUUGGUCAUAUUUUGGAUGACCCAGGGUGAUGUAGCCUUCAAACGUGCACUCGAAUACACGGAGCUACCAGAAGAGCAAGCACUCGCAUCUGAAGACACUUGUUUCAGUGGGAACAAAUAUUUCGGCUGUCCUGGAGUCUUCAUCAAGCUGAAUUUUGAGCAUUGGCCUUGUCAUGGUGCAGUGCGAUUUCAUCACUACAGCGCUUCGUACAGACCGGGUAUAAUCGAAGAUGCUAUAAAGGGUAUUUCAUUCAGCGUCCAGCCCAGAGAGAAGGUAGCCAUCGUGGGCAGAACUGGUGCAGGGAAAUCCUCCAUUAUAUUGGCGUUGCUGCGUAUGAUUCCGUGCACAUCAGGUUCUAUCACCAUUGAUGGAAUUGACAUUUCUCGCGUACCACUGAAGACACUUCGCUCUGCAAUCAGCGUCAUUCACCAAGACCCAUCGCUGUGGUCGGGAACGCUGCGUGAAAAUUUGGAUCCCGAAGGCUGCAGCUCAGAUGGAGAGAUCUGGAGAGUUCUUGGAAGCGUCUACUUGAGUACAUUUGUUGAAAAUAGCGUCGGUGGUCUUUCUUUGCUCAUAGGAGAAAAGGGUGGAAACUUGAGCGCCGGCCAACGUCAACUGGUGUCGCUAGCUCGCGCGCUCCUGAGAGGGACCAGGAUUCUUGUUCUUGAUGAAGCCACGUCACAAAUGGACCCGGAGACGGAUCGCAGAGUACAGGCAACAUUGCGAGAAAGCUUUGCCCAUUGCGCCGUUAUUACAGUGGCGCAUCGCAUUGAUACCAUCCUGGAUUACGACAGGGUAGUCGUGAUGAGCGAAGGCAGAGUUUUGGAAUAUGGAUCUGUUCCGCACCUCCUCGCUGACCAAAGUUCUACCUUUCGUGGCAUGGUGAAAAGUUCCGGUAUAGAUCCGGAUUUAAAACUGCAGGCGUCAGAGAUGAAAUAAAU